AUGAAAAGCCACGAUCUGACGAGAGACAUUUCCGAGCUGCUGGACUCGGAUGAUGACUCUCGUGACCCGAAAUCCCAGUUUAAGCGCAAGGAACGACGCCGCAAAGAGGCGCUGGCCAGCAUGGCAUCCUCAUCUGCUCGCGAUGCUGCCCGUCGCUACUUCGCAUCUCUCGUCACGCACCAAGCUCCGAAUCUUCGCAAAGCGGUUGAAAAGAUUCUGCUUGAGGCGCUGGAAAGCAAGAAUAGUCAUGAUCGCGAGGGUAGUUGCAGAGCUUUGACAAUCAUCGGACCCGGAAGCAUUGCAAUUGGUCCGCUCGCC